GGCUGACACGGAGGAGGGGAGCGUUUGGAUAACCCUCCAGGGGUGACGAGGCCCCAACCUGUUCGCCCUUCCUUGCCUUGGCAUCUCCGUCCAUUGAUGACACCGAGUCGUGGCUACCAGUUUCUGCUGUCGCCUCCUCGUUUUGCCCAGGCUCUGACGGUUGACAACUGUGUUGCGAUGGAGACCCUGUCCCUGGAGCACCACAUCCAGAGUGUGCAAAGACACAUCACCUUCUUGAAGAAGGAGCAGAUGGAGCUCCUCCAUGAUUUGCACCUGGAGAUCCUCCACCUACAGAAGCACUGCACAGAAUUGACUCAUGAUCUGGAAACCAAGGAACUGGAAGCCAGCCAGCAAGACAUCAUUGACCAGGAGCUGGAGGAGAAGUGCAAGAUCAUGGAAGCCCAGCUGCAGGAGAAAGAGAUGAACAACGUGGAGCUGCGCAAGGAGCUGAGGCACAAGGAGAGCUUGGUGGCUGCCCUCCGCUCCAACCUGAGGAACAAAGAGAGGAAGUUCCUGGAGGAGCUGAAGAGGAGGAGCCACCGGGUCACUAUCCUCAACACCGAGCUGCAGAAGCAGACGGAGGCGGCCGCCUACCUCUCCUUCCAGCUCCACGCCACCAAACAGAAGCUCCACAGCUCCCGCCAAAGUGGGAAGGCUCUGCCCGAGAAGCCCCCCGAGAAACCUUUCCUCCCUCCGCCCUGCGGCGAGGCGAGGCCCAAGAAACGGACGCAGAAGUCCCACACUCGCCGGCAGGCUUCCAGCAACUUCCACAGCAGGGGGGCCUUCAAGGAGCCUCCGCCUCGCGACCGGCUGAGCAGCUUCGAAGACGUCGAGCCCAUGCCCGACCCGGCGCUUUUCCUGUACAUGAAACGGCACCACACGGCGCCUCACCGCCAGAGAGCGGAGCAGCACAAAGCCUCGGCCUUGUCCGCCAAGACGGGCGCCGACCAAAGCGACCCCAAAGGCAGCCGGCUGAGGUCGGCCGCCCGGCAGGCCUGCUCGGAGCCGACGGAAGCUUCCGGAAGUGCCAGGACUUUGGGCAAGCCGCGGCUGUCUUCCAAAGGGGAGCAGCGCAAGCGGAGCAGCCCCAGCCCCCAAACUUCGAAAGAUGUUGACUAA